AUGAAAAAGUCGCGAAAGCAUCACCAUGUUUUAUUUCUUCUGAUUUUGAGAGGAGGAAUAGGGUUUCGAGCAUACUGGUUUACUGCUUGUUAUUAUAUGCGCUAUCAUGACCAAGUUUAACCCUCGGUUUCUGAUCGUGAGCCUGGGUAACCCCCUACCGAAAUAUGAAAGUUUACAUUCAGCUGGCCAUUUUGCUCUCAAUGGCCUGACCAAAGUACUGAAGCAGGCUCCUUUCCGAGAAACUACUCUCGGGAGACAGGCGUGUCUUGUCUCGAGCAGCCCCAAGUAUACGCUGGUCCAGUCCCCUACGCUGAUGAACAUUUCGGGACCGUUCGUCGCGAGGGCAUGGCAGGAGACAUUAAAACAGCAUGGUCCUGCCGACUUACUUAGCUUGGUGCUUGUACACGACGAAUUGGAAAAAGACAUGGGCAUUGUCAAGCUGGUGGCAUGGGACCGAAGCCCCAGGGGUCACAACGGCAUCAAGAGCGUCAAGGCGUCACUGGCCGCUACCAACUAUCCAGACUCUCCUUUUGCCCGAAUAGCUAUAGGAAUUGGUCGUCCAGCCGCACGAGAUGCUGCCACAGUUAGUAGCUACGUCCUUGACAGGAUCUCGAGAGAGAACCGGCAAAUUCUGGAGGAACAAGUGCCGUGGGAGGUUGCCAAGCGACUUUCGGAGCUGGAAGAAGAGUGGCGGCAGAGCAUGGCGGAGUGAAUGGAGACUAGGGGCAUGGAUUUACACGCCCUAUUAUCUACUCCAUAGUGUAUCGUCAUAGGCAUGGGGACUUGGCUGGAUCGAAGACUGGCUGCACCACCUACCGCUAUCAUAUGCAACACGAUACACAUACCCCAGACUAUUACGAUGGGAUCAGAACUUUUGGUCAUACAAGCCGAUGAAUAUCACGCUGACUGAAGAUCUGGUUCAUACGGUCGCUGGGCGCUGGUCACCCGGCAUGUCAUCGCGACGGGUGCUGGGUCGAACCGUCCCAUGAGGCGGAGUAACGCGCGCGGACGCCUAUUGGAUGGCACUACGAGAGGCCUCAAUCCCUAGCUUGCUUACCCUUGAUUGGAUCAGCAACUGCUAUCAGAGCCAGGUCUUUUAAUCCUAAUGAUGAGACGUUUAUGAGCCCUCGCUAGGCAACAUGCAACAGCGCUUUGCGUGAGCUUUCAGUCAUGAGCUGGAAGAUUACUUAUAACAGUCGAAUUUAGUGCACAAAUUCCCGGGCUCGCAAAAUAAAUUCGGCCAAGCUAUUGUCUCUGCAUGAGCUCACUGGAGAAUUGUUGACUCGAAACGGCUGCGCUAUCACUCUCUACUCUAAACCGCUAUCUCGACUUACAUACAACAACCUCACAAAUACCACUCUACGCAUAAAAUUGCAAAAAAAAUAACUCAAACAUACCAAUACACAAUAAAACCCAAUUAGACUCGCAGCCCUAAUCCAAACCUUCUAUUUCAUGAUCUUUGACACAUGCCAGCCUUGUACGAAAAGCUGCCC